AUGGCGUCUCCUAGUCAAGAUCAAAUCAAAGUCCUCGAACAAUCGCGCCAGCGUCUCGUCCAGCUCACCCGCUCCCUGGGCUCCCUCAUCGGCAGCUUAAACCAAAGCGACCCGCUGCCCUCAUGGUCCUCGCUCCAAUCCCAAGCAAGCAUCAUCUCAAACAACCUCCUCAGCGUCUCCGAACACCUCUCUGACAACUGCGACCUCCUCUCCGCCCUCGUCGCCUACCCAGGCCCCGAAUACCCCGGGCGCACGCAAGCCUCCACCCUCGAGCAGCUCCUGCGCACAAAGCUUGACCCCCGCAUCGAGGACUGGGUCGCGCGCGGGCGCCGCGCGGGCGCCUCCGCGCUCGAAGACAAAGACGCGCUCAGCGAGACGGAACUGGCGGAGUUGUGGGACUGGGCGCCUGUCGAGGCGAACCAGGAGGCGCGGAGGAGGAACUGGGGUGGUGAUUAUACGCUGGAGGAGAGGGAGAUGGGGAUUCAGAAUGUGGUGACGGGGUUGCGGAGGCAGUUGGAGGAUGAUGAGAGGGAUGAGGAUGAGGAUGAGGAUGAUGAGGAGGAGGAGGAAGGGGAGGGCGAGGAUGAGGAGAUGGAGGUUGUUGGCGUGCGGCGCAGGUCGGAUGCAGGAGCUGGGUUGGGGUUUGAUACUGCGGUUCCUACGCCGGCGUCGUCGCAGCAGGUGCAGAAGGGGGCGGGUCCAGUGGUUCCUUUGGACGAUGUUCUACGAUUUAUGACUACGGGAACGCUUCCGCAGCAGCGAUAA